UCAUCAUGGCAAUGGCUUCUGCAAUGUCCCGUCAGGAAGACUGUGUGACCGAUCUAAAUAAAUAUAUGUGUGCAAUCUGUAUGGAACUUUUCUGUAGACCCGUGAGGAUAUCAUGUGGCAAUGACCAUACCUACUGCCAGGAUUGCCUGAAAUCACUUCAGUCACAUCAAUGCCCUCAGUGCAGGAAACCUUUCCAUCCUAAUCAGACAGUUCCAGCCAAUGAAAUAGAAAUAAUUAUGAGAUCCUCCUUUGCAAAGUGUAGUGUUUGUGGAUCACAGAUGCCCAUGUCUUCUCUUCGUAAACACAUGGAAACUUGUGGACAAACUUUGGCUACACCAAAGUUCAGACCUAUAAAAGAGACUUCCCAGCCUGUUCCGCUGGAUGUUCCUAACCGUUCAACAUUCAAGUGCCCUUACUGUGAACAGGCGAAUCUGGACUGUAAGGACUUGGUGAAACACUGCAACAAUGUCCACAGACAUGAACGUAUACAUGUGGUAUGUCCAAUCUGUGCCUCCAUGCCCUGGGGAAAUCCCAGCCAGUUCAGUUCUAAUUUUAUUCAGCAUCUCAAUGCUCGGCACACUUUUGAGUAUGACACAUAUGUGGAUUAUGGUCAAGAUGAUGAUGAAAUGCUGAUGGCUGCAAUACAGGCUUCUUUACAAGAGCGUUGAUGUCAAGCAGUGCCCGCCAUCAUCAAAAUGCUUUAUGGCAGGCUCUCUCAGACACUGAAUCUGAACAAUCAUAAAAUUUGAAUGUGCAGUCAACUUACAGUUUCUAUGAACAUACUUUUGUCAAGAUUAAUACUUUUCACUCAUUUGCCUUUGCUUUUUGAUAUUUAAAUUUGCAUUGUUAGCUUAUGCAGCCAUCUAUCAAUACCCCCCACCAUCUCACCAAAAAAUAAAAAAAAAAAUUGUGACCUGAAAUCUGUGAGAUAUAGCUGGACUCAAAUGGUACCAGUGAUUCCAAUAUUCUGUCAUGAUCAAACAGAUAGUGAAGAACUAGUCCACACAUCUGCAACCAAACUAUGAUCUGUUUUAAUAAUAAUAGUUAAGUUUAUAUAGCACCAUACCGCAGCCUUAUGAGCAAGCUCAUGGCUCUUUACAAAUAAAAAUAAUUAAUAUAACAACAACAAUAAUCAUGAUAGGGAGAAAUUAAAGAAACCAACCAAGAUGACAAGAAAGAACAGGGGAUAAAGCAUUAAACAGGAAAAAAAAUUAGUGUUAUGUGAUAAACAACUGAACGAACACAAUACUCCAUUAUCCAACAAAUCUAUGAAUUCAAAAAUGCAUAAGAAAUGGAAAAGAAAUCCUACAGACAGAAGAAAAUGGAGGACCAGAGUUGUCUGUGCAGCCUAGAUACGCAUUUCACUGUCCAAGAUUUAGAGUGUAGAUCUGCAAUUGUUUGUCUUCGGGAAAUUCAGAACAGAUAAAAAAUGCUCAGGAUAAACAUAGGUCAAGCUGUAGUUAGCCUUUGCUGCCUCAAUUUAUCAAGCAGCUUUUCCACGUUGCUCAAAUUUCAUCUUGCUAUUGACAUGCCCAGACAAAAAGCUGGACAGAGAUGAAAGUGACAUUGUCAAAGAAAAGUCUGUUCGUCAACAAAUCAACAGGUCAAAAUCGAAAUUAACUCAGAAAAAUUCAAAGUAAUUUCAUUAAAGUAGGAUCAGAUUUUUUGGGCAGAUGCAUAUUUAAGUUUUAAGUUCUCUAUUACUAUAGUUGUUAAGAUUUUACAGUAUACAUAUAUACAAGUGUAAGAAAUAAUAUAAUUGGUUGUUAUUUCUUCCAUGAAAACAAUGGUAUGCAGAUUUGUAAAUUACCUGUCUUUGGUAAUGUUACCCUCAUAAAACUGUGAGUUGACCAUAGUUUAAUGGCAUUUUUCAACCUUUCUUUUUUAGCAAAAAGCAGAGUGCUGGGUAUGAAUGAUUGGAUCCAUGCAAGUAUAUUUGCAUGAAUGGGUGAAUUUGUGUGUACAUAGAUAUGUUAAUGUUUACAUGUAUAUAAGUGCAUGGUCAGAAGUGGUUGUUUGUCAUUUAUCAAACUGUGUGAAAUUAAAAAAAUGAUAUUACUUAAGAUAUCCAUUCUCUGGUUGUUUGUACAUUUAGAAACAUUGUAAUUGUCAUAAAUCUUAUAUAGAGGGAGGAUGCAUAAUGCAACAUAAAUGUACAGCCAUUUUCUGUCCUGGAAGACUAUUCCUUUUUAGUCAGGACCCUUUGUGAAUACAUUGAUAGAUUCCUCAAAAGAAGCAACCAUGGGUUUUAUAAUUUCUUCUUAUCUUGCUCAUAUUUAAGAAUAAAUUAAUCCAUCUAUUUCAGAGCUGCAGUCUGAUUUAACUUUAGAUUUUAAGAUUCUGUAACCAUGUUAGAACUUUUUCUUUACUUAGAAUAAAGCUUAACUUAAGCAUGCUAAAUAGAUUUCUUGACUAAAGCAAUUACAGUUUUCAUUCAUGAUCUAGAUUCUAGAAGCUCAAUUUAUAGUAAUUAAAGCAGCUUGUAUACUGCAACAUUGUGCUUUUAUCUGAUUACGGGGUACAGCUGAUCUGAUAAGAUCAUAAAACAGAGUAGAAUAAAAAUUCUAUUAACACUCAACAGAAUUCAAGCUCAGAGCGCAGGUCACAGAGUUAUAUAAUUUUUAUAACUGUUAUUGUUAAUGUUUCUGUUUGGUUAAAGAUGGUCAUGAUUUUUGUUCUUAAAGUUAAUUAUAAAAAAGUUCACCAUUAAACCAUCUAUCACACUUGCUUUCAAAGAA